CCGAAAACUCCUCUCUGUGCUGCGGUUCAAAGCCCAACGUUCGCAGAAGAGACCUUCUCUUCCGUUUUCCUCAUUUGAAAGGAGAAGUCGUUUUUACUGUCUAUACCGUAAGUAAACUUUUUUAUGACAUCUUAUAGGAUGAGGUUAAACUAGAAAUAUAGGCUCGAUAUGUAUUGUGUUGUUUUUAGCUAGAAGCUUUAGAAGCCCUAUUAUCUGACACAUUCAAGGGUGUGUCUCGAACCGAAACUAAACCUCAAAAGUUAUUAUUCCAUUGCUGGCCGCCAGCAGACAGACAUCCAUCGCGUCCUGCAAACUAUAUACUUAUUGAACUGGGUCAUAAGUUACAAUCACAAGCGGGGCAACUUGGAAACUAACAAGUAACUAUAAGAAAUGUGUUGGGUAAUAAUGUCUCCAUAUUUACCAAAGGUUUGUAGGAUCUGCGCAGUGGUUACUUUGAGAAAUGCAUUUACUCCAGUGGGCUAAUGUAGGCUACUAAUGUAGGCCUAUUGAUGUAAAAAGUAAUCAAGAAAGGUGGGACUUUAGAUCUAGUAAUGUUUUGAUAUGGCAGUGUGACCGAGGCAGGGGUCAAAAGGGUUCUUCUUGUGCCAGGUAUUUCCACCCCAAACUGAGCAGAUGUAUACAGUAAAUUCCUGAAAGAGUUGUCAUCCUUGGUUAAUGAAGAGGCACAAAAUGGACAACAACCCCUGGACUAUAAGGGCAAUUUUUAAAAUUUUAAGUGAGAAUAUAAAGAUGUUGUCUCCUAUUAAUAUAAUAAUUAACAACAUAAACUAUGUUGAGUGACACCCUGAAGAACUAAGCUCUGACCAGAGACUGAUGUAUUUUGGGGGAAGUGUUGUAGGCUAAUUGUUUCAGUUGGUAAGUAGAUUUUUAAGAGUAGAAAAAGUUAAAGACCCAUUGGCUCUCUCUUUCUGAGCUGUGUGUGUGUGUGUGUGUGUGUGUGUGUGUGUGUGUGUGUGUGUGUGUGUGUGUGUGUGUUGACCUGUGAGGAGAGUUCCACUGAGAAAACACAGGAGACUAAAUUAUGAAAUGUGUGUGGGUAAAACCCUCUCAGGGCACUAUCACAUUCAGUAGUAAUUAGACAGUAAUGAGGGUAAUGAGUAUUUAACCCAGUCUUUCCUGCUGUGAAAGCUCACCACAUUGUUAUUCUCUACAGAGCUGAUUAGGUAAUGUAGCAACGGGACCAUCUGCUUUUGAUCAACUGAUCAAAGUGUGAAUUAACAAAUGUAUGUAGAUGGUCUAUGUUUCGUUAGCCCAUCUUUAUGUUACUCAAGGGUCAGAGGUAUUGUAUGGAUAAUGGUAAUAUAAUGCACAUCUCAGGAAAAAUGACAUAUAUGCGUUUAUUAACAAUGCUGAGAAAUAAUAUAACUUUUUAUUUUCAUAGCUUUUCCCAUCUCUCUUGCUCAAGUUUCGAAACUCUAUCUCACUGGCAUAAUGGCAGCGGUAAGUCUCAGCACCCAAACAUGUGUACUGUAGCAUGCAGUGUGAGUGAACUAUGAAUGAUUGUAGUGUUCAACAUUUGCAUGAUCAGAUUUACAUUAUUUAAUUUUUUUGCUUAGUAUUGGAAAUGAUUUACUUAUGAACAGUAUGUUCAUUGAAGCUUCCAUAAAAGAUGUAUGACGUACUAUACCAAUUAAAUUAUCCAAACAAAUGUUUACUGCUGUAGUCCUACUGACAGCACAGACAAGACAGCUUUUUGAAAGUAUCAGCCUCGGUAUACAAAGAGCAACAAAGGCAGUCUGACAUAUAGGCUACACCUAUACGGUACAUAGUAAAUACGUUUAUUGCUGUUACUGAACAAACACACACACCUGUUGAGAUGUGUAUGUUUGUGCAUGUGUGUACCUAUAGCCCAGUGGUACUCAACUCUUACCCUAAGAGGUCCAUAGCCUGCUGGUCUUCUGUUCUACCUGAUAAUUAAUUACACACCACUAGUGUCCCAGGUCUAAAUCAGUCCUUGAUUAGACGUGAAUAAUGAAAAAAUGCAGUGGAACUGACUUCGAGGUCCAGAGUUGAGUUUGAGGGUUAUAGCCUAUGACUCAAAGUGCAGUAGUGUUGGAUAGUGACUGGAUAAAUUCCAGCUGCUGAAUUCAUUGGGAGUUAUAUGUAUGCCAUUUUAAUAUUUGUUUCUGCAGAUUGGCAACCGUGGAACUGUGACUGAAGCCGCUGGCUUCAACGCAGAGGAGGAUGUAAAGAGACUGAGAGGAGCCAUGAAGGGGGCUGGUGAGUGAUCCCAACAUUCUAAGCAAUGACUAGCUGUUUGUUUCUAAAAACGAUUCAGACAUUCAGAAAACAAGUUCGGAUGAGUAUGAUAGGAUCCCCUUUUUUCUUCUGAUAAAUAGGUCUUAAUUUUAAAAUAAUUGUACGUCUUUCCUUUCAAUGAAAGCUUCAAAAACACCAUGUUGAACAGUAUGCUACUAUUACUUUAAUCAGUUGUAAUUAUUCUAGAACUCUCUACAGGCCCUCUACAGGCCCUACACAUGAUUGUAGUUACUUUCCAUUUCUAAGACCUCAUUCAGUCCUCUGAGUGUGGCCUGGGAUUACUUUCUUUCCUUCUCCACUCCAGUCUUUGUGACUCAAAUAUUUGUUUUAUUUUUCAUCAUUAUUUUGCCUUUCUCCUGUUCUAGUCAAAAGUUACUGUAGGAUUGCAUUAUCUUUGCAUCUGUAUAAUAUUUUGCAUCUAUGCUUUUUACAGGUCUAUGCUGUAGGGAUACAAUGCAGAAAAAACAAUGAGCAUUGUAAGAAAACAAGUUACGAGAUGUUAAACACAAGCCUACACGAUAGUAUACUUGGCUCUAUGUUAGGAAUGCUGAUGCUGUUAGCUAGACGUAAUAGGUUUCACCUGACUCUAGUGUGAGAUGUAUUAGAAACAGAUGGCACAUACACUGAGAAACAACUGUGCCUGUGGGACCAGGGUGUUUCCAGGGUGACAGAGGAGCUUGGAAGCAGGAAGUGUGUCUGUUCACCAUUGAAAUCUGGCUAAGCUCUUUAUAACUGUGUGAUAUCAGGGAGAUAUUUAGGAUAUUUCAAUGGUGAUUGAUGCUGUUUUAUCACCAGCAAGUUAUUUUAUCUAAUGGAUCAGUAUAAUGUGAAGGUAUACAGUAAUGUAACCCUGUGAUGUUUUCUUAUAGGCACGGAUGAGGCAGCUGUCAUUGAAGUCCUGGCACGUCGUACCAUUGCUCAGAGGCAACGCAUCAAAGAGGCUUACAAGCAGACCGUGGGGAAGGUAAGUGUUCUACUGACGUGUUCUACCUGUGUUAUUGCAUUUCUCAUAUCCCAGUUUGAAUUAUCAGACUAUUCUCAAAACUUUCCAAAAGCUAAAUACCACCAGCUCCAGUAAUGGGGGGGAAGAUAUUUAAUACUUUAUAGUGACAGGAGAGUGUAUGGAUUGUGUAAAUAGUUAUAUGUAUCAUGUGAUCAGUCAUGGGAGGGUAUACUACAAAGCAGGAUCAUGGAGUUAGCCCGCUAACUGGCCUAAAUAUGAUAAAAUAACUUUUUAUUAAUUAGAAAGAUAUGCCUGAAAUGGGCAUUCUCUAAUUGGCUCAACAACCAAAUACACAUAUCUAAGUUUAGCUUUCUUAAUGAACUGGAAAAACAACAAAUAUUUCUGGUUAUUUAUCAAAUUUAGCUGGCUAACUUAUUGAUGCUGUUUUGUAGUAUACCCCUCUGGUGUGUGGCUUUGUGUGUGUUUCUAUGGGUGUGGUGGUGUCUGUUGUUAAUGGUAACAUUGUGCUGACAGUUGGUGCCUUAGGUUGAUCAUUAACUCUUACACAAAGAUGGUUAUGUGUUUCAGAGAACAGAGAGAAGCUUGUCUACCAUCACAGGUCAGGUGGAAAGACCUCUCUCAUGAGGGUUGAGGUUAACCUGAUUUUAAAUGAAGACAAGUGUCAAUCAGGAUACUGCACUUUGUGUUUGAGUGAAGUAGGGAGAUUAUAGAAUGACCGGCCCCAUGUUAAACAAUAACUAAACUCGACAUUUUAAAACUAAAAGGGAAGUCUGAUCAAUGUUUACUCUGUUGGCACAGAGUUUGGCAUACAAUACAUCAUUGAUAAAGUUAUCUAAAAGGUCCCAUGAAUGAGGAAGCUUGCCACAGGGAAGGGCAAAGAUUGCUAGUGGAAUCCUCCUGGUCAGAAACAGUGAGUCAUACAGUCCAUGGGGACGCCCACAGGCAGGCAGACUCAUGAAGAAGCUAAAUGUGUACUCUACAAACGUUCUGUGUACAGCUCUUUUGCAGCCACUCCCUUCUGGAAGCAGACUUGUAUCUGGAAUGUCUGAAGCAUAUAGGAAAUCCAAGGCCUGACAGAUUAAACAUUCUGAAAGCCUUGUUUAUCACCUCUGAGAUAUGAGUGUAUGAGAGCAAUAGUCUAUGCUUACUUGAGCUCUAGGCAGGAGAUUGUGUCAAUUGAGACCCAUUUAAAUGUCUGUGUCUCUGUCCCUGUAGGACCUGGCAGAUGAUCUGCAGGGAGAGCUGACGGGGAACUUUGAGAAGGUGGUGCUGGGCCUCCUGAUGACCGCUCCUGUGUAUGAUGCCUACGAGCUGAAGAACGCUAUGAAGGUCAGAGGUUAUUACUGCUAGGGAGACCAUCACAAUGGGGAUUUAUGUAACGCUUUUCAAUACUGUACAUCUUCGAGCUAUUGACAUUGUAUUGGGCUAUUCACCUCAUCCACAACCCAUAAAUGUGUUGCAUCACACUACUCUUUGAAGUACUUACAUAGCUCUCCACAUCUCUAUUUUACUGAACGCUAGGGUGCUGGAACAGAGGAGGCUGCUCUCAUUGAUAUCCUGGCCUCAAGGACGAACGCUGAAAUUAGAGCCAUCACGACGGUCUAUAUCAAAGGUAGUAGCUACACAGUACUCAGCCUUUCUGUGCCAUGUAUUGCAUCUCCAUCUGUAGAAGAGGUAUCACAUGCGGUGUAUGGUACAAGUCAAUACCUUUAGUAUUGAUCACUGUAUAUAAAGAGGAAUUCUGAUCUAAGAUAUCAGUGUCUCGCCCUCUUUAGAGUGUACUGACAAACAAUGAAUUACACAACAUGAACACAAUGCAUGAUAUGAAUGAUUUAUUAGUGUCUUCUAUAGAGCAAUAUUCAACUUUUGUUGCCUGCCAUAGCUUUUGACAGGGUGUUCACAAACCAUUUCAAGUGUUGUGGUUAUAAUUGCCGAGUCAGAUCACUCUUAACUCCUACUUUUUGCUUAAUCAUGUGUGACGGCAGAACAUGGACAGAGCCUGGAGGAAGAUAUUGAUAGUGAUACUUCUGGAAUGUUCCAGAGAGUUCUAGUUUCUUUGCUCACGGUGAGAAUAGACAAUAUUGACCUCUCUUACUACACACCUGGUUGACCUUCAUAUUCAAACAAUCAAAGGAAAGCAAACAGAACUACAGUAUAUUAAUUGUUGUCAAUGAAAUAGUCACUCCCCCUUCACUUCAUCACUUGUGUACAAUUUAACACAUAAUGGAUGUUUGUAGUUUUUAGAGGUCUCUUAUAGCCAGGUAAUGGUUACGUCAUUGUCUGACUCUUUGCUAACAUGGCCUCUGUCUCUGUGCUGUGACUGACAGGCGGGGCGAGAUGAGGGCAACACUGUGGAUGAGGCUCAGGCUGUGAAGGAUGCUAAGGUGAGAAUAUGGACCCAGAGAGGAGGUGACCUGGCUCUGUCUAACUCGCAUAGUAGCACAUGCUGGGGUAUCAGGAUCACCCUACGGUUAGGAAGAUGAACAGUAAGAUCAAUUUUAGACAUAGUUUUAACCUAAUCUGACAUCAAAUAUGUCCCAAAACAGUCAGUGUUUGGAGAUUUUCUUUUUGGGUUUGUGAAAUAUUUUUGCUGUGGUUUCUCAGGAUAUCUACGAGGCUGGGGAGGCUCGUUGGGGAACAGAUGAGGUCAAGUUCCUCACUGUGCUCUGUGUGAGGAACAGAAACCACCUACUCCAAGGUAUUGUCCCCUCAUAAAUAUUUCAGUGUUUUCCAUAUAUUCAUCGUUGCCGCCACUCCCAAAAUAUUUUAUAAUAAUAAAAUAGAUAUUUUUACAUUUCUGCCAAGACUCGCCUUUAAGAUCAGAGUGACAAGUUACAACAAGUUACAUAUCACCAGAAGUGACCUUCUCACAGUCGUUCAACAACAACAAAUCUCCCCAUUCUACUUGUUUAUUGCUUGUUUAUUACGCUUUACACUUCUCUUCAGUUAAGUUACUUCCACACUGACUUUGGCCCAAAAUGUAAUGCACAGACACUGUUCUGCUGACCUAUUCUGGUUAUUUGAGGAACCAACAUUUUGUGAUGUGCUUCUUACUCACUACAACAGUAUGAUUGAUUCCACAUCUCUCUCUCACCUCAUUGUCUCAGUGUUUAAGGAGUAUCAGAAGAUCUCUGGGAGGGACAUCGAUGACAGCAUUAAGAGGGAGAUGUCUGGCUCGCUGGAGAAUGUAUUUUUGGCAAUAGGUCAGACGGAUCCAAUUUGUUUCAGUGCCUCUUGUAAUAAUGUACCAAAGACAGAUAAGACUGAGAGUCAGCUCAGUUCUGAUGAAAAUAAGCUAAAUUAAAGCUUGUUGAGCUAUCAUGCCUGAUGUAUUGAUUUGAUUUAUUUUUUUGCAGUGAAAUGCCUCAGAAACAAGCCAGCAUUCUUUGCAGAGCGGUUAUAUAAAUCCAUGAAGGUAAAGCUUAAUUGAGACUUUUUUUAAACACACCUCCCAUGGAGGGUGCAUAUCUGCCUACACUUGUGGGUUAUCAGACAGAAUGUAUCAGAAUGUUGGCAGCUCCUUCCCUCCUGUCUUCUCAGGGUCUGGGAACUACAGACAGCGUCCUGAUUAGAAUCAUGGUGGCUCGGGCCGAGAUUGACAUGUUGGACAUCAAGAUCGAGUUCUUGAAGGCAUACGGCAAGACUCUCCAUUCCUUCAUCAAGGUGAGACCCCGGUCACGAGAUUAAGUAAUACUUUAUCUCAUAAAAAGUAAAAGUUAUAUUUGUGCCCAUUUCUUUGUGUUUUCUUGACGUAAUCUGAGUGUUUCUGUAUUGUUUAGGGAGACACAUCUGGAGAUUACCGCAAAAUCCUGCUGGAGUUAUGUGGAGAGUAGGACGUUGAACAUCUAGGACAUCAUUCAGCGAUGACUUCACUCUGCAACAACACCAUUGGUACCUCUACCAUCUGCUGUUUCCUUUGCUUAUAGCUCUCAAUAUCCUCUGCUCUUCUGUGGCCAGAGCAUUUUAUAAUGACCAUGAUGCCUUUUUUCACAGUUUGUGAUCCUAAUUAAACCAAAGACAAGUGACAUUUUACA